AUGAAAGACGAUGAUUUAAAAAGGCAGCUUGGACAGCUGUUUAUCGUCGGUUUUAGAGGGCCAACUGCUACUGAGGAGAUCAAAUCACUCAUUCGAGCUCCAUACUAUUGCGGGUCAAUCAUUCUCUUCCAGCGAAACAUCAAGAGCGCCGAGCAGUUGAUUCGCCUCAUACAUGACCUCCAGCGCACCGCACGGGAGGCGGGCCACACGCGGCCAUUGUUCAUUGCCGUCGACCAGGAAAAUGGCGUUGUUACAAGGAUCAAACCUCCAAUUGCCGCGCAGUUGCCCGGCUCCAUGGCUAUCGGCGCCAGUGGGGAUCUAGACGACGCGAGUCGUGUUUCAGGUGCCACAGGCGAACUCUUACGCGGGUUGGGGGUUAACAUGAACUACGCACCACUGUGUGAUGUCAACUCGGAACCAGCAAACCCAGUAAUAGGGGUUCGAUCUCCAGGCGAUGACGGCACAUUUGUUGGCCGAAUUACGAGUAGAAUAGCCCGAGGGCUGCGGGAGAAUAACAUCGUGCCGUGUGUCAAGCAUUUCCCGGGUCAUGGAGAUAGCAAAGUCGACUCACAUCACGGCGUUCCAGUCGUGAACAAGACCAAAGAGAAGCUCGAAGAAUGUGAACUGAUACCUUUUCGCAGAGCAGUCGCUGAAGGAAUCGAGGCUGUAAUGACCUCGCAUGUCAUCAUGUCAGCUUUCGAUGAUUCUAUAUAUCCCGCGUCAGUCAACAGGAAUGUGGUUAAUUUUCUUCGUCGUGGAUUGCAGUUCGACGGCCUUAUCGUCACAGAUUGCCUUGAGAUGGAUGCUAUAAGGGUACAAUUUGGGACUGAAAGGGGAGCUGUGUUGGCCUUGGCUGCAGGCGUUGACUGUCCGAUGAUAAGCCACACCUAUAGCCUACAGGUUCGUGCAUUGGAGGAGGCCUUUAGGUGGUGCAGAAAUCACCCUACUAUGCCUCGACAGAUUUCCCGUUCCGUAUCCCGCGUUUUCGCUUUAAAAGACAAGUUCCUCGAUUGGGAUUCGACCUUGCAGCCGCGUCCUGCCAACGCAGUAUCCCAGAUGUACGCUCAACAUCGGAAUCUGGCAAGCGAUGUAUACGCCCGUAGCGUCACACUCAUUCGGGACGAGCAGCAAGCACUUCCCCUAUCGAGGAACUGCACUUUGGCGUAUGUAUAUCCGUGUGCAAAGGCUGUUCGAGUCAGUGCCGCUGGAAGUGGUGAAACCAUCACUUGCGUUUCGUAUACGCCGCCUGAAUUCCCGAAAAUCCUUAAUCAGUAUGCUCCGAAUCUGGUCGAGUGCCCAUUUUUUGACGAUGCAACUCUACUUGACAAUGUAAAGGCCAAGAUUUCAGAAGCAGAUGCAGUUAUCUUAGCCUCACGGAACUGCAAAUUGAACCCGGGCGAAAGAUUGGUGGCCACGCAGCUCCUAAAAGAUACGAAGAAGCUGAUAAGCGUUGCUACGGCUGCUCCUUACGAUUUCCUGUGCUCGAAUGUCAAAACCUGCCUUGCCAUGUAUGAGCCGACUCCUGAAGCCUUCAAAGCAGCGGCAGACGUUAUCUUUGGUAUCAAACAAGCAUCAGGAACGCUUCCUGUUUGUGUCAAACGCACCGAAAUCCCAGUAUGCCCCUUUGACCGGGAACGUGACAUGGACGCAGUCAUUCGUCUAUGGCAUACUCUGCUACCCAAUUAUGCGGUCCCUGUUCACCGACUACCUGGUCUUCUUAACCGGCCAAAUGGUUCGCACUUUACAGUUCACAUGGAAAGCCAGCUUGUAGGUUUCAUUGCCACUUAUGUCAAUGACGAUAGGCCUACGGCGUAUAUUUCAACACUCUUUGUUCAUCCGAAAUACCAAUCGCGUGGGAUUGGUACUGCGCUGAUUGUCCAUGCCCGUCGCCAUUUAAAAACUACAUGCGGAGCUCGUUCUAUUAGCAUUGGUUCAAGUUUCCCUAGAUUCUUUCUCGGCGUACCGCUUGAUAUCCCGAAGGCGUCUCAGGAAUUUUUUAUCCAUCGUGGUUUUGUGCCGGCGCAAGGCCCAACGGCCAGAGAUUUCACCGCAGACUUGAGAGCGUAUCAAGUCCCGGGCAAAGUGCUACAACGCGCAUUCGCUGCACGAGUCACAUUCACUCGAUGGAAGAGCGGUCUAUACGAAGAAGGUAUAGCGAAAAUAAAAGAGCUCUGGGGGGAUGAUAAGGUCUGGGUUGGCGCCUACGAACGAUUAGCACAAGCGGGUCGGCACGACCAAGUCAUGGUGGCAAUAGACAGUUCAGGAAAGCAGAUCGGGUGGACAUUGAUGCAAGAACUUGGUUUCGGGAUGUCGAACGACCUUGCCUUCAUGCCAUUAUUAGGGGAGAAGACUGGGCAAAUUGGCUGCGUGGGUGUCCAUCCGAAUGCGAGGAAUAGAGGUGUCGGCCUAGCGCUGAUUGUGAGUGCUGCAAUGGACUUGAAGAACAGAGGCAUGGAGAGGGUGUUUAUCGACUGGACGAAUCACGUUAAUUUUUAUGAAAAAGCCGGGUUCAAAGUUUGGAAGGAAUAUCGACCCAUGAGUCUAAAUGAGUUUGUGUAA